AUGGCUUCCAGCACCGUGAGCCCCAUUCCCAGCGCCACCCCGGGCGUCUGCAGUUCUCAAGUCGUAUAUGACAUUGCUCCCGACAACAUCACGCACCCGUACUGUGCAUACAACUCCAAAACGCUUAUCCAGGACUUGUCGUCGUGCUGCAAGCAAGAUGCCGAGGUGCACGUGUGGAACAACUGCACGCAGUACUGCGAAGUCAGCCCCUCUGGCGCCGAGGACUGGCGCGAUUGUGUAGUCAAGUUGUAUCCGGAUGCCGAUGUGUUUGGAGCACAGUUCCCUUGCCUGUUUGAUUCGAAAGACGACAAUGAGAAUAAUGGCAACAAUGACGAUGGCGAUGAGGACAAUGACCAGCCUACGACUACAGGGGCGGGUCCAACGUCCACGGGAGAAUCGGACCAGAGUGAGACUGGGACUGGGACUGCUGAUCCUGAUGCCGAGGGUGCAGGAAGUACUGCGAAAACCCCCGUGUCACUCAUGGGGUGGGUUGUGUCGCUGCUUGCUCUCGGUGGAUAUGUCAUGGCUUGA